AUGUCCGACAACGAGCUUGAUGCCGAGCUCCUCGCUCUUGCUGGUGACGACAGCUCCGACGACGAGAGAUCCGACAACAGACAAGCCCAACCCUCAUCCCCCUUCGAACAUGCUGCCCUGUCGUCAGAGCCCGAUCGCUCUCCCCCACGUCGCAGUCUCGCUCAAAAGCCAAAGUCGCGCUCAUCUGCUGCUUCUGCUCCCCGCAGACGAAGAAAGGACGAUUCUGAAGAAGAAGGUGAAGCCUCUGCAGCCUCGUCUCCCCGAUCACUGGGCUCAGCUGCCAUGGACGAAUCAGACUCGGAAGACGGCGUCGACUUCGACCAGGAAGCUCCUCUGUAUCCCAUCGAGGGCAAGUUCCGCUCUGAGGCUGAUCGCGCUGAAGUCAUGGCUAUGACAGAAAUCCGUCGAGAAGAAAUCCUGGCAGAACGUGCCGCAGAGGUCGAAAGAAGGGUUCAGGACUUGCAACUCAAAAAGAUCCUGCAACAACGCAAGAGAGAGCAAGCUGGCGCCGAUAAGAGGAAGCGCAAGGCUGCUGCUGCCAACUUGGACGAUGACGACCAGCGUAAGAGCAGCAGGCCAAAGGUCAAGGCCAGCGGUCCUCUGGAAGCCUACAAGAGGGAACGUGAAAUGAAAGGUCAACAACGAAACCGCGGCGACGAGCGCAGAAGAGACCGCUCUCCUUCAAGAGACGAUAUGGAUUCCGACAGAGACGCCGAGGGUGACAGCGAGGUUGAGUGGGAUGAGAAGCCUCGCGCUGCCGCUGCUGCUGCUGCGCGCGACGAUGCUCCUGCAGCACUGCGCGACUUUGAGCGUGCUCGCAUCGGCCGUACCAACUUCGCCAGAGUCUGCUUCUACCCAACUUUCGAGACAAGCGUUAGAAACUGCUACGCUCGUGUAAGCAUCGGCGUCAACCGCGACACUGGAGCACCACAAUACCGCAUGGCUCAGAUCAAGAGUUUUACUUCAGGCAAGCCUUACCAGAUGGAAGGUCUGAACGGCAAGCCCUUCGUCACCGAUCAAUAUGCAGUUGUCGCCCAUGGCAAGGCCGAGAAGGAGUGGCCCUUCAUCGCCUGUUCCGACUCAAGCUUCACCGAAGCCGAAUUCGAACGAUUCAAAGCCGCUCAGUCCGCCGAUUCCUUGCGCCUGCCCUCUAAGAAAGCGCUGGUCGCAAAGCUUGACGACAUCCACUCCCUCCUCGAAUACCAGUGGACCGACGAAGACAUCCAGAGAAAGAUCAACCGCACAAACGCUCUACAAGCCAAGUUCGCCAACUACGGCCGCGAGAAGAUCGAGAAGCGACGUGAGGAAGCUGCAUCCCGUGGCGACGACACCACAGUCGCCAAGUGCGAUGCCGAGCUCGCGGCCCUGGGAUCCGGCAGCGGCGCAGCCAAAGCAGCACAAGCGGCCGCCAACGCAGCAAAGCAAAACGGCAAACUCGCACAACAGGAACGUCUGGCUGCACUCAACCGUGCGAACCGCAAGGCCAAUAGCGAAGACGUGCGCAAAGCACAGUUGGCGGAGAAGCGUGUUCUGCAGAAGGCCAGAGAAGAGGCUGCAGCAAAGGCACGUCGUGAAGCUGAAGCCGCUAAGGAGAAGCUGUUGGCGGUUCCUGAUGAUCUGUUUGGCGAUGCCAGCGAUAUCAGCAGAACAGGCACACCAGCAAACGGCACGUCUGGCACGAGUACACCCAUCAACGAGAAGCUGAAGAAGACGACGUUGGGAGGGUUCAAGAAGAAGCCCAAGGAUGAAGAUAUCAUUGCCGACAUGGACUUGGGUAUCGAUAUCGACAUUUGA